AUUUGUUGUGCUUGAAACAUUUCAUGGAAAUUCCUGUAAUUGACUGGCAAGAAUUUUGUGCCUCAACUGAUGAUAAACUGGUAGUCGAAAACUUUGCCAAGUUGGGGUUUCUGGCACUAAGGAAUCAUGGAAUACCCUUGGAACACGUGCGACAAGCAUUUCGCGUUACACAUGAGUUUUUUCGUCUUCCUUUAUCUGUCAAGAAGAGCAUUUUGCGAGGAACACUGGGUGACAACAACUCAGGAUAUGUGGAGUACCAGAUGGAAUCCUUAAAUAGCACCAGUGUAGAUAAGAAAGAAGCACUGAACAUCACUUGUCAACCAUGGUUAUUACCCGAGUCCUUGUCUUUUCUGUCACAACUAGAGUGUUUUUAUAUGGAAGCUUGGCAGUUGGGAAUGCAACUCUUAGAACAACUUGAACUCAGUUCUAUCGGAGAGAGUGUGUUGAGAAAGUAUCAUACUUUUCGGUCGUUGGGAGUUCAUAGUAAAGCAAAGGAAGAAAAUCUCUUUUUCAAUAAGAGAACCAGUGCAAGCACUCUUCGCUUACUUUGUUACCCACCCGUGGCAGAAACUAAAGCUACGUUAGACGAGGUUCUCGCUGGUAUUCACUCUGAUUAUGGAACUCUUACUUUAUUGUUUCAAGACAGUUUUGGAGGAUUGCAAGUUCAGCACGCACAGGACUGGAUCAACGUAUCUUCACAGGAAGAUGUUGUAGUAGUCAAUGCUGGUGAUUUACUUGAGAUAUGGACAGGUGGUUUGAUUCCUUCCACGAAACAUAGAGUAGUAGUGACACCUGAAAUGAUAAGGUGUCCUCAUCGAUGUCGUUAUUCUAUUGCAGUAUUUAUUCAUCCCGAUGAUGAUGCCAUUGUUCGGCCUUUAUAUGGCGAUAUUACGAAAUAUAAUCCUGUUUUGGCGUCGGAUUACGUUACUGGUCGUUUUCAGCGUUCUUAUAAAGAAAGUUGAUUGGAGUUGUGGAGCAUUCGUUGUCUACAUUGACUUUAUGAAAUGUGCAUGGAUAUGUGUGUGUUUCGAAGUUUGGUAGACGAUGGGUUUCUCUGUUAGUCGAAUUGGAUUCUCGUUUCCUGAAGAAGAGUAGUACUAGAGUGGCAAUUUUGAAACCUUGUAUCCCUUGUGGAUGUCAGUUUUUAUUUUUAUAACAGUAAAUCAACUCAUUCUAUU